GUGUGACUCGCACCAUGAAGGACAAAGUGACCAAGCCCACUCUCAUGGCCCAGGGUCGCGUUGCCCACAUGAUCGAGUGGCAGAGCUGGGGCAAACCAACUGCGGGGCCGAUGGGGGUCGCGGGACAUACCAACCUGCAGAGGGAAAAGGAGAGGAGGAAGGAGAACGACGCUUACAGCGACCUUAGUGAUGGCGAGAAGGAGGCUCGCUUUGCUGCAGGCAUCAUGCAGCAGUUUGCGAUCUCUGAGGCGACUCUGUUUGGCUUCAACUCGAUGGACGGGGAGAGUAUGGGAGCCGGCUCCAACCAGGGCAGCGUCGCUCACCUCAGUGAGGUCAACCAGGAGAGCAUCACCAGCAGAGACCAGGUGCUCCACCACUCCUCGGCGGACGUCUGGCCUCACACCUACGUCUCACAGGGCCUGUACUGCCUGUCGUCCACUGACGCCUGGGACCCAAUCACCAGCCAGCCCUCGGGCGUGGCCUCGCCUGCUGCAGGCUCAUACAUCAUGGCUGCCGGUGGUGGCAGUGGAGCGGCGGGUACACCUGGUGAGGGGUUCGAGGGAACGGUAGGCGGUUACCUUCAGCAGCACCAUGGCUCUAUCGCCCUGCAGCAGCAGAGCCAAAUCCAACAGUUCCAACAGCUCCAACAGCUUCACCAGUACCAGCAGCAUCAGCUUCUGCAGUACCAACAACAACAACAGUCUAUGGAGCACAGGCUACAUAGUGCCUCCCAUUCCCUCCAAGCCACUCCCAACAGCACCAUCCACAGUCUCGGCCCUCCCACCCACCCUCGGCUAGCUGACCUGUGGGGAGCUGCGCAGGUCGAGGCACACCACGUGGAGAUUGCCGGGCAGAUGAAUGGACAGAUGGCUGACAUGGUCGGAGGUGUGGUGGAGACAGUCGGAGAGGAGCCAGAGCCCGAGUCUGAAGGCAUCUCUGAGCAGCAUGAAGAGGAAGAGGAGGGGCUGACAAAUGUAGAAGGGGUAACAUUAACCUUGGAGCCGGCGCCGUGCUCUUUGACCCCGUCCCCACAGAGGGAGGAGGACCCCUCAACUAGAGGCUCAAGCCCAGGACUGCCAGCACAGGUCGCCCAAUCUGUCGCGGGGAGGAAACCGUUUGAGGUCACGCCCUGUAUCGUCCAAUCAGUAGAGGAGUAGGACGAAGAGGUGAAGGAGGGCUCUGUCGUUACUGUUGCGACCAACUGACUCAUAGGGCCAGAAAAAGAACUGACAACAAAUACUUCAAUAAUCAAUCAAGCUAUUCUAUCCCAACCCCAACCCCCUCCCAACUAUUUACCCACUUUGAGUCAGAGGAAAUGAGAGAAGACUUUUUCAGACGAAAACGUGGGAUGUAAUGUACACAAACUAAAUGCCAAGAAGCUCCGCUAAGUUACUGCGGGACACGUGGAAUUCUCAACA